CGCACACAAGGUUCCGUUUGCUCGCAGCCACAAUUCCCAUCCAACAGACACGGCUGGCUUUUGAUGCUAACUGGCAUCGAGCCAGUCGUGGCGACGAUGAAGACCUAUUUGUUAACGGACGGUCUAGAUGCUCUGGGAGCAGCAACAUUGUCGUCAUCGACAAAGUACAAAAGCUCCAAAAACAAGUUGAUGAAAUUGCCACCGCGUCCUAGCGCCGAAAGCUUUGGCGACGCUUAGCGGCAAGGCACGUCCUGACCGUUUUUCAACGGGCACAUGAAUGCAUGGCACUGAGAGGACAAACCGCAAGACCAUGCUUGUCACUACAGUUCAUCUGCUGCUUGGCCCGAAAAUGAUUGGCUUCCAGAACACGUAGCAGAGCCUAACAGGCUGAGCAGGUACCUGGGUCAUUGCCAGGCGCCUGCAGAUCUUCUUGAAUGGCUUGGGGUGAGAAUCCAAUGGUGGACAUCGAGCUGCUCUAGUGCGAGGAAGUAAUUCUGUUCAUUUUUUUUAUAAGAUGACUUAACUCACGAGUUCGCUCAGGCAGGUGAAUUUGCCUUUACGUCACCUUUUCGAACUCGUGUGACAUAGCUUCUUCAACCAAUGCCCCCUUGCCUCGAUAACACAAUCUUGGGUCGGAAAAUAAUCUUGUUUGUAACAGCCUUUGACUUAAAAAUUUGCUUGUGGUCAUUAUUGCUUUCAGUCUGCAAUAAGUUCCUUAACAACAUCCUCCAGGAGUAGCUUCCCGAUACUCAUCACCGCACUGCCAGAUGACUCCACCACCAAGAAACAUGGUCAACACACGGCUCUCUCAAGCUAAUCAGAAGCGCCGCAGAAGCUUCUCUGAAGCAUCUUCUGAGUCCAAGGCAAUCAAAUUUCGGAAGAUAGCUCGCCGUCGAGUAGCGACACCAGACGGACAACUCCUUGAGGAACAGCGUGAGGCUUCUCUUGGUGGAUCUCAAGGAGUUAGAUCACAAGAAGUCCAUCCCAGUGUAAAAAAUGCCAUCGAAUUCACAAAUUCAACGAAGUCUCGCCGGUCUCGACACUCUCUACCCGUCAGUCUGGAGACCCCGGCGAAUAUUCGAACCGAACCCCUCGACGUAGCAGUUGCUCGAGUGAACGAGCAUCGACGCAGGCAGACAGAAGGUGUUCCGCUCGAAUUUAAUGUUGCAGAUAUCUACAUCAAUCCAGAGGACCUCGACCUGGACGCAUCACAGAUCAUGACUCCGAAAAUCUCGACCGUAGUACGCACGAAGCCCACGCCUAUCUCAAUCACACCUCGACCUUCGCCCAACACGAGCCGAGAGGACAAAAUCAGCGAGUAUGAGAAGGCUAUUCGUCUGUUAACCGACCAAAAGGCCGAACUGGCGGCUAAGGUCCAGAUUCUAGAACUUGGUAUCCAUAGUCUAGGUUUCCGCGAUGCUGAGGUGGAAAGCACUGAUAUUUUUGCUGCCAUACGCACUACCUUUGACCUGGUGAGAGCACAAGAAGAGGAGAUGGAUUUGGGCUUGUCUGUGCAAAGACUCGACAAUGAAGAGCUCCUGCGACAACAGCCCAAUAUUGUGCGUGGCUUGCUACUAGACAUCGACAACUAUGCCUGCAAACUAGAUGAAAUUGAAAAUUUACUGGUCUUUACUGAUGCCCAGUACAAAGGAGUCUUGGUUAAGUUGGCAGAACGCGAGGAAAGGAGCACGGAGUUGGAACUACAGCUUGAAAAGCUUGAUCGCCAUCUGAAGUUUAUAACGCACAAUCUGACUGAAGAGAAGAACACGACUUUAAAGCUUGAAGGAGAAAACGAAACAUUGUCCGAGCAACUUACAGCCCGUGAGAACGAGUUGAAGAACCUACACUCGCUUAGCCAAAAACAAGGCACAGAGCUUAAUGAACUCCGAUCCACGUGUAAUGAUCUUAUGAAUGAAGUUAAGACACUCAGAGAAGCCGCUGUCCGGCUUGAGAAGGGAUAUAUGCAGCACAUAGCAGAUGUGGAAGGGGAUCGUGAUGAGAGAUUAGGUUUCAUGGCUGAGGAGCUUGACCAAGAGCAUGAUUAUCGUACUAUUGCUGAGAAAGAUAUCGCAAAGAAAGAUGCCGCUUACACUGCUCUCCAGAUCGACUUCCAGAAGGUACGAGAGGAUCUAGACAAUCUGAAGGAGCAAAACGACAAGGCAAACGAAUCUCUCAACCUGCAAAAAAACAAAUUGCAAGAGCUACAACAAGAUUUGACUGCUAAGAUAGCGGACAAUCAAGGACUCCAGCACGAGCUGAGUGAGCUUAAAGUCAAGGCACAAAGUCUCGAAGAAGAUAUUGCCUUCUUGCACGAGCAACGUGAUCAAAACAAACUCACUAUUGAUAACCAGGCUGCUGCCCUUCAAUCUGCAGAGGAACACCUCGCAUCUAGUGAGGAUCGUCUUCAACAGGCCAAUAUUGAAAUAAAUAGAUUGAGAGCAGACGUUUUCGGCGCCCAAAAAGAGCGCGAACAGAUCGUUAGCGAGCUUCAUGUCAGCGCUGAGAAAUGCCGGAGGCUAUCGAACGAAAUUACUAUGAAAUCAAACAGUAUUGAGAAGCUGGAAGGCAAUAUUGAAGCGCUCAACAAGGCUAUGGAAGAUCUAGUAAAAGAGAAGGAUGCAGUCAUAAAUGCCAAAAACGCAAAACUUGAGGAAACGUUGGCCACUAUCGACGAACAGGCGAAGACUAUGCGUGAGCAAGCACAAGAAAUUUCUGGACAGGCAUGGCAAAUCACGCAGAAAGAGACCGACAUUCAGGCUUUGCGCAAGGAAAAUCUUCGCUUUAUGGCCGACCGAGAUAGGCUUCAAGCCACCCUGGCCUUACGUGAAAAGGAUUUACGUACACUCAAGCAGGUCCUGCAAUCACUCAUCACUGAUGCUGAGAAAGACGAAAUCAAAUACCGUGAACGUGCGUCUCAGAAGGCAGAAUUGGUGCAGGUUGCCAAUAGUGUUUUAAGUGGAAUCAGUGCAGAACAAAAGGUUGGGACUUUAACACGAGAGUCUACGGAUGGCGCCCAUGUCGUCAAAAAGAAAAGGUCUUUGCGUGAUUCAGGUUAUGUUGGUAGUGACAUAGACGAGGAGUUGGAAUUAAUUGAUGCCGAAAGAGAGAUUGUAUAAGUACGCGAGGCAUAACAUAUCAGGUCUUGAGAUUUGUCUUUCUGUUUAAGAAAAGUACACGCCAAAUUUGAAAAACCAAGAACAGGCUAUUACAAUUAACACACAGUAGAUACACAUAUCUUCGCUUAACAAACGACACUUAUCGGGAUGGCAAUGACGCAGAAGCGUACAAGGUAAUGGAUAAUUCAACUACGUCAUGAUCAAUUUGUCUUUUUAAGGUGUCAUUAGAAGAAGGCUCCAUUUUCAUACUGUUAUCAUCUAUCUCUCUUCUCUAGAUCCCAGACGCUACCUAUCUGAAAUGCAAG